CCUUCUUCAGCCCCGUCAUCCGGACACGUUAACAGCUUGUGUGAGCACAAUCUGAGCCAUUAUUACAGGCGGGGAGCGAGGUAUAACUUUCCCCGAGAGAAGUGGGCAAAAUAAGAUCCAGUGUAACCAGUCCGCCACCUAGCUGCGGAGACGCGCCGACGAAGAUCUGUCGACUGUAUGAUUAUGAAAACACCCGCGCCAAUGUUGUUGCACAGUGGGCUCCGCGCUCCGAUGAGACUGAAACUCGGUUUUUGGAGGUGUUUUAACCUCCGCUGGCCUUAGUUAUGUAAUCAAAGCAACAUCUAAUGCACCAAAAAGCUCCGGAUUGCUGUUGGUGCGAAGGGGAGAGCAGGACAGCAACACCUUAACCUCCUGCCGAAACGCAGUUGGCUCCGGGACGCGCUCUCGGCUCAAGCCUUAAGGACACGAGAGAGACCUUCCUUCGCUGGAUGAAGGAGCCCAACUGCACUUGGACGAUUAGAGGAUAUUCUUUUGGAAAUCUCCUCACCUACACCUGCAUUCAGAUCUCCGACCUUGACCUCAACAACUCCGCCGGGGUCAUUUAAAGUGUUAUACUGGGAACCCCACAGCAUCCUGCCUCUCCCCCCUGACUUCUCUGAUGGACCAGAGAGUGAAGGGGGGAACCCCUCCAACCACAAACUCCACUCUGGACCCCACCUCUGCAUCUGAAGACUCUGAAGUGGCAGAGAAAAAGAGGAGGGGUGAGGGGGAGAAUGGAGAUGUAGGGGAGAAGGAGGAGGAUAAGAGAGGAGCAGGGAAAAAGAGAGAAGGAGACAAGGGGGCAGUGCUGGAGUUGCUCAUCGAGGGGCGCUGUGGAAGCGCAGGACAGCAACAGCUUCAGAUCUCUGGCAGAGAGACCAGCUGCCCCGACGGGAAUGUACGACUCCGGAUUGGACUCCAGGCCAAACGCACCAAGAAGCCGCCCAAGAUCUUGGAGAGCUAUGUCUGCAAGCCCACCAUCAGGACCUAUCAGAGACAAGCCAGAGGGGCACUGCUGAGGGGGGAUGGAGGAGAAGGACAGCAGAACAAAACCAGCUCUCCUCCAGACGAGGCAACCAGAGAUCAGCGCUCUGGCUUGGAUUCGGUCCAGACCACAUCCAAACAAACAGCAUCUGCUGCUUCACCACCACUUGCAUCAUCAUCAUUAUCAUCUUCGUCAUCACAGCCACUGUCGUUAUCAUCAACAUUUACCAUAGCAUCCACGACAGCCUCAGUCCCUGCCGUAACCAGCCAAGGGACCAAGUCAGCCAAACAGGUUCCAAUCAAACUGGCCGACAAGACAGAGGUGAAUUCAAAUGGCUCAUCUGAGAGAGUGAAGAAAGAGAAGCUUCCUAGUGUCAAUGGCCAGCCCAUCUCUGCAGGACACAAACCCUGCUCGCCUACAACAGACCAGACAGCUUCAACUACUCCUUCCACCGCAUGCGUCCAAGCCCAAUCUGCAUCGGAAACCAGGAAUGAAGGGAAGACCUCCAAGAAACAUAAUGGUUUGGUUCAGACAUCGAAACAGAAGGGACUAUCUAAUGGGAAAGGCUCUGCCGACAUCCUUGGCACUUCCACCUUGUCGAAAAGCAAAGUUGGAAAACACAGUACUUCCUCCUCUGUUUCCUCCGUAGACUCCUCGACAAGACUUCCAGCCUCCACCAGCUCCCAUAAAGAACUCAGCCUGUCCAAUAAGAGUAGUCCAGACUCUCCGUCAUUUUCUUCAGUCACCCCUAAACCACAGUCCUCCCCCACUGCGGAUCUCUCCUCUGCCCAAUCCCAAGAUCAGGAUCCCUCUCUAGAGAAAAAGAGAGACAAAGACAGAAAAGCAAAGAAAGAGAAACGGAAAGACAAAAAGUUAAAGCGAGAUAGAUUGGAGGCUGAAAGAGCAAAGAGUGAGAACAAAAAGGAGGUAGGCAAGAAGAAGAAAAAGGAGAAAGGGAAGGAUGGGAAAUCAAGGCAUGGUAAAGAAAAAGAUGAAAGACACAGGACUGAUGAUACGUGGAGGGCUGAGUUAAAGGCGGAACGAGGAAAAGCUGAGAAAAAGAGGGACAAGCUUAGCCCAGACAGACAAAGAACAGAGGAUAAUAAAUGUGGUGAAACCGUUGAUAAACUAGAUAAAACCAGUAAAGUCGUGAAUCCAAGCAGACUCGAUGAGAUAGAAAAGACGGAUGAUGGUUGCAAGCCAGUUAAACAAGCUGAGCCAGCAACAGCAACAGGUGACAGCAGUAAAUCAAAAGAACAAGACGUCUUAAGACAUUCAACUGUGCCUCCUAGUCACCCCUCUUCUUCUGCUCCUCCCUCUCUGCCCACUCCCUCUGCCCGCGCCCCCGUCUCUCCCCCUUGUUCCCCCCCAGAGCAGGACAGCCGCCCGCUGAAGAAACGUAAAGCCAGACGGCCCAGCUGGACCAAGCUGGUGCACCGGGCUCAGAGGGCAGAAAAUCAGGAAACCCCUUUAGAUUCCCAACAUAAUCCUUUACUAAGUUUUCCCCAGAACCCCAAGACGUCCCUUCCUGCCAAGGCCACUAUUCAGCAGACUGAUGAGUCACACCCAGCUCCAUCUAGCUCCUUAACCAGCAGCUCCUCCCCUCUUUCUUCUGCAACCAAGCCUCCAUCCCCAAAGCAAAGUCACCCAACAGCAGACCCUAGCCCCCCUGCUUCCAGAUGCCCCAUAACCCCUGCCCGAAAAAGGGGCCGCCCUAAAUCCCACAGCUCUAGCUUCGAUGAACCUCCCCCUAGACUUUCGCCAAACUCUAUCCCAACUGAGGUGCCUCUUCUGGGGUGUGACGGAAUUCAGAAAGCCCCUGUGCUGGAGCCAAGUCCCAAACUGCAGCGUGCCGCUCAGUCUAAAUCCAGCCCCAAGAAGCGUGGCCGUCCUCCCAAACGAAAUCUCCCCGAGGAGGACCAGAGCGGAGAUGCACUGAAUCGCACUGACAGGAGUAAAGAUUUCCAUCCUCCUGAAAAGGGGAACAGGCAGCUAAAGAUCAGGAGGCUGAUUAACGAGAUGAAGAAAAGAAAGAAGAGGAGGCUUCACAAGGUAAUGCUGUCUGGAUAUGGAGGAAAGGAGGGAAGGGGAGGCCAGGCAGCAGAUGGUGAGACCUCUCUGAGCAUGUGUAAAUCAAUAGAGGCUACAACAGUACACACACUCUCAGCCCUGUCCUCCUCCUUUGGGAGUAAGCUGGGCCCUCAGAUCAAUGUGAGCAAGAGAGGGACCAUCUACAUGGGCAAGAGGCGAGGACGAAAGCCUAAAGCCCAAACUGCUAACACCAACUCCCAGAACGCCACUCAGUCGUCCCUGUUCACCAAUCCAUCUGAAACAUCUCUCUUCUCGUCUAACCAGCCUCAGCCUCCUCCCUCUCACCCAUUCCCCUCCCCAUCUCUCACCCACUCCAGCGGCGCCCAGAGUCCUUAUAGUGAAGGCAGCCUCACAGAACCAACAUCCUCCCUACUUUUUCCUCACCCCUUCUCCCUCCCUUCCCCAUCAUCUUCCUGUACCUCCCCCCGGCCUCCCUCCUCCUCAUCCCUCUCUCCCUUUGUGAAGAAGAGCUGUCCAUGUCAGGGAAGGCAUCACUUCCCCUUUCACCAGUCUUCAUGUAAGCUCUCCUGUCCCACCCCUCCACUGCAUCAUACACCUGGUUCUCCUGGCCACUUGAAAGAGGCCACACCUUCACCCAGGAGUGAGUCACACAGCGAGGAGACGCUGCCGAGCGAUAGCGGGAUUGGAACCGAUAACAACAGUGUUUCAGAGCGUGCGGAGAUGAGGGGGGUUCGAGGCAUGCUCAGGUUGGGUCAGGGGUCAGGAGUGAUUCUGGGGGGUCAAAGGCACCCUUCAUCUCUUGUGGACCGUCCCUCUCCUGUCUCUUCACCCCUCUCUCUCAUACCCAGACACACAAACCCCAUCCCCAACUCAACUACUAUGGAUCGACACAGAGACAGAGACAGACACAGGCACAGGCGGAGGGAUUACGACUGUCCCCCCUCCUGUACUUGCUUGUGCCCUUGCCCGUGCCCAGGACACAACAAGUGCACUCAUUCAGACUAUUACCCUUGCCUUGGGCACAAUGCACUGAAGAGACAGAAGAAUAAACACAAGAAGAAGCACCAGCAGCUGCACAUGCAGGAUCCAGAGUUCCUUGCUGAGCUAGAAGAUCUGAUCGGUCAGUUCAGUGAGAUCCACAUCGGACGGCGAAGUUGGGCGAGGACAGGACUGGGACAGGGCUUUGAUGGGAGUGGGAAUGCUCCUGGAGGAAGACGCCAUCACUCCUCCUCUCAUUCUCUCCGCUCAAACAUCUUCAGGAUCAAUCUGAAUGGCUUCUACUCUCCUCACCCUUCAUCUUACUCUGCUAACCCUUCAUUCUCCCCCCAGCCUUUCUACCCUUGUCAGCCUGUGCAUUGCAACAGGAAGCCAGACCGCAGGCAGUGUGGUUGCCCGUCAAAGUUCCAGGAGACCAUCGAAAAUAUGGGCUUUUACAGCAGCUAUCCCCCUGCAACGACACUUUACCACCACCUCCCAAGCUCCUACCCGCUUCCCUCUCCACACCAGUACGCCCCCCAUCAUCCCCAUCAUGCCCACUUCCUCCUUAAUCCCGCCAGAUUUCACAGGCGGAGGAGCAGGCUGCUGAGGGAGGGAGCUUUAGGAGGAGAGGUCGAGGGAGAUAUAGGAGGAGGCAGUGGAGGAGGCCAACACCUCAGCUCAGGGUUCACAUCCAGUCUCUCCUGUGGCUGUGGGAGGAGCGAACACAAACACAAACAUAAACAUCGUCACAGACACUGCGAGCGAGACAUGGAUGACGAGGAAGAGUUACACGAGGAUGAAGAGGAAGAUGGGAUGGAGAGGGAGGGUUUGGCCAGUUCAAAGCCAAGGUCAGGGUUCAUUUUGGGGCAAGGAGAAGGAGGAAGGAAAGAGGCAAGAGGAAUGAGGAGUAUGCUGUCUAAAGAAUCGCCUUGGUCAUGUGAGAAUGGAGGUGAUUCCUUUUCUUCCACUGCUGCUGCCACAUCAUCAUCAUCUUUAGCAGAGAGGUACAAACACACAUCUCUCACCUCAUUGGGGCUGGGCUCCUCUCACUUGUCUUCGUUUGGAGGAAGCUGGGGAGGCCUGGGACAAAGCUGGACGAAAUUUGGAAGCCUGGGGGGGACAGGAUUUGGAAAUUCAACUCCCAGCUGGAGAGGCUUUACCGGGGAGCAACAUACAGGCAGGAUGAUUGCGUCAGAUGGAGAGGACGAAGACGGUGAGGACGAAUCGCACCUGUACAGGAUGUCCCCGUCCCCAACACACACAAACCUGUUCACAUCCGCUGCCAUGGCAACAGGGAGGAGGGGUCUGAGGAGCGGAUUGGCUGGGAGGAAUCCAGGAAGUGGAGACAGGUCAUGGAGGAGAGAUGAGCCAGCGUGGACCGAGAGGAGAGAAUCAGGUUUACAAGGUGACUCAAGAAGCCGGGGGCAGCAGAAAAGUGUGCCAACGCCAGACAGUGUGGCAGGGAAAAACAAAAGAGGGCCAGGACGGCCCAGAAAGCACCCACUGCCCUCCACUGUAUCCUCCCCCACACACUCAUCUGCAGCUCCCUCCGUGUCAUCAGCCGACCUCUUGCCAGCACACAACAGAGAUGGGAGAGAAAUAGGAGGGAGAAAAGAAGACAGAGGGCCAGAGAGAGAUAGAGGAGGCGACACAGUGCAGCAGGUGACAGAGUUGGAGCUGCAGGCCAGGAGGAAGAGAGGACGAAAGAGAAAACAUGGUGACUCUCCUUGUCAUCAGAGUGUCACUGAGGAUAAACCAGAGUGUGACACACCCCCUGAAUGUUUUAGCCAAUCAGAUGUCGACCAGGCUCCAUCCCUACCAGUAACCAUCCAAAGAGAGGAGAGAGCAGACGGGCCUCCCAGGAAGAAGUUUCUGAGGGCGGGUCUUUACUCAGAUGAUUACAAAACUACAGACCCGCCCUCCCAAGCCCAGCAGUUGUGCAGAGAGAGUAUGGAUUACACACCAGGGGAGCAUGAAUUUAGCCUUUUACCUGCUCCAAUACAUGUUGGGAAGUACCUGAGGCUGAAGAGGAUUCAUUUCCAGUUACCCUAUGAUGUUAUGUGGCUGUGGCAGAACAAUCAGCUUCAAAGGCAGCCUGCUGUCCCCCUGAAGAGGAAGCGACGUUACUGCCGGCUGAAGGAGAGGACUAUAUCCUCUCAUCAGGCAGCGGAGGAGAGCUCGAGUGACAUAACCAGCCUGUUUCCUCACCUUGACAUGGAGCCUUUGACCGGCAGUGAGAGGAGCUUUGUGGUCAAACACCACGUCUUCCUUGUGAGGAACUGGGAGCUCGUGCGAGACAGACAGAUCCGAUUGAGGAUAGAGAGGGAGGGAGACGCAGAGGGAGAAGAGAGGGACUCACAACAUCUGUCCUGUGAUGGAGCCAGUGGGGACGACAGCCACAUCAAGUCAGAUCAACAAGUGGGGGUGGAGGUGACGGUUAUCAGCAGUGACCCCCACCAUCAGAGUCAGGACACCUCCAGCUCGCUCACUGCCAGCCCCUGUCCCACCAAAACCCAGAACAGACGCGAGGAGGAGGGAGAGGAAGAGAAACGAGGCGAAGAAGAGGUCUGCAGCAGAGAACAGAGGAGGAAACGGCUGAAUGAUUUACUUUUGACCCUGCAGCAUUCAUAAGCUAACAGAGGGAGGUGGGACCACUCUGAGACAUGGACCAGGCCCACCACCGGACAGAUGGACAGGAACUGAUGUCACAACACUGCUAUUAACAGUAGCAGUGCCACAGAGAACAAGCGAGAAAAAGGAGAGGAGAGAUGGAGAAUUAUAGCAGCUGAAAAGAUGCAAGAAAGACAUCUCACACUGACAGAUGAGUGUGGUGAACUUAGCGCUCUGAAGGGCAUCACACCAAGGAUGAAACCAUGGCAACACAUCUUUUGUCCAAAGCGACGAGGGAUGAGAGAAACAGAGAUAGACUGUCCCGGAUGAGAGAAUGGAAAGAAAGAAACAGACCAGCUGAAAUGAUUUUGCACUAGUGCUGGAUGAUCAAGCACACUAAAGACUGUAUGUAUGUAUGCUGAGUGGACACACUAUAAAAAGACUUUCAUUGCUUUUUACUUUGGCACCUUAAGCAAACUGGGAAAGACAGACAUUUGUUGGAGACGAAAGUGGACAUAUUUGGUACUCAGCAUUUCAGCUCUGAAGUUUCCAAGAGACGAGGAGCUCAGGAGCUGCCCGGGGGAACAAAAAUUUAGCCUGGGCCCUAAGUAGGUCAAAAUUGAACCCUCAUUUAAGCUUUCAAAGUCACUUUGCACCUUUGGGAAAUGACACAAGGAGAAGUAGUGAACCAGUUGAAAGCUGUUGAGACAGUGGUAGGGUUUUUCUUCACUUUACCAAGACAGUGUCUGCUAUGUACUGGUGAAUAGGCAGGGGAGGGGGUGGGCUUAGUGAUAGGAAUUUUGGCAUCGCUGCAAGAGAAUUUCUAAUGAGGUUUUAAGAAAGAAGUUAUUUUUGAAAAAAAAAAUAAAAGGGACAGCCUGAGCUGUCUGCUAAAGAGAUGGGCAAAUUAUAUUCAUGAUAGGAAUGUUUAUUGUUGACUAUUUUCAGUAUUGCUUCCUGGGGAAGGGAGAGAGAAAGAGAGAGAGAGAGAGAGGUAAAAAAGUGUUUUGUUUACUUCGGACUGCCUUUGAGAAUGUUUUUGCUCCAGAGCAUUGACAAUCAGAAUGUCCUAGCUGGGGAGAAAGGAGAGAUUGAUUUGCCCCAAAUGCUCUGUAGAAGUGCCAUGUGGUCUUGUGUACGUACCUAAGCGAACUCAUGCAGUCUUUAAAAGCAAUAUCUCCUCUGAUAAGGACUAUAUAAGGACUUAUAUAAGGACUUCUUUUGUUAUGUUUUUUUUUUUAAAGUUGUGAAUAUUUGAGGAUUGGAGGUCAUAUUUCUGUACAGUUGCAUAGUAGAUUGUUCUCAUCUUAGGAGCAUUCGGUUAAUCCACUCAGUGGAAGUAACCAUAAGCUUUUAGUUUCAUGUGAAUGUACAUAGAGAGAGACCUGUUUUCCUUCUAUCAGCAGUAGCGUGUAAAACUAGUAUUAUUCAUGACAAUACUAUUGGGAUUAUACAUGAAACAUAAUAAUCAAAUCUUUCAUUUUACUAACAUGUUUUUAACAGAUUAUACAUCUGACCAAUAUAUCAGUCAUUUGUCCUUAAAAUUGACUAUGAUUGUAUAUGAUUUUUUGUAGAAUUACAUAAUUUGUCUCUUCUUUUUUUUUUUAGCUAAGCGUACGUUUUUUUUAUUGGUCAGACAAUCAGUGACAGUGAAUUAGUUUUUCCAGUGUUAAAUUUCUGCUCUCUUUCAGUAGUGUGGCUUUCUAAUAACAAGCCAAGAAAGUGCAAUUUCUUUGACUGUUUACAUACUGUAUGUAUAUUUUUCCUCUUUCCUUUUUUAACUAAGAGCACUACAUUAUUGCCAGUGGAUGAUUAACUUUAUAGCAAAGGUACACAUAAAGACUUAUUUAUCUAGUUUGCAUGACAUGUAACCUUUGCCUGUUGCCUCUGAUAAUGUGCAUCUCAAAAACAAAACAUCAAAAACAGUUAUAACUCAACGCCAUAGAAUGUCAGCUCAGACUUUUUGCCUCUAUAACCAUAAUAAUAAAAGCAUUUUAUGUCUACUAGUACUAAA